AUGGCCGAGCCGGAUGGGCCAGAUGAGUCUGAGCCGCCUUCGCCGGUAUCACCAGACCGUGAUCCCCUGUUGGAUGUGCUGCGGACCAAGCCAGCGCGCAGCGGGCGCACUGGGCAGCGACCCUUCGGUUCUCUGGGCGACCAGAUUGAGGUGGAGAAGUACGACGAGCAGCUGGCUGCGAAGGUGGCGGACCUGAAGGAGCUCUUCAAAGGAACUAUCUCGCGAGAUGUGCUGGACAAGACGCGCGUCUUCCCUUCACCAGCUAGAGAGUUCCGGCACCGAGCGGGGCCACUUGCCGUCCGACGACCCUGCGCCGAGAGGCAGUCCGAGGGCAUCUCCCUUGAGCUCAGCAUGUGGGACCCGGUGGCCAAAGAGCAUAGCCUCAUCCAUCCCACAGAGGUGCCGAUUUUUUCACGGCCGAUCUCCGUGGCAAUGGAGGUUCUGAGAACAUUGCCCAUCCGAGUGGACCCCGAAUUGGGGGAGGGAGGCGAUGAGCAGGAGUGGACUUGCUUAGACCUCGCUGACGCUUCCAAGCCUACGGCCUGGGGAAGAGUCAUCGGGCAUGGCUUGCGCUCUGCACAAUUCCACUCCACGCUCUCCAACGAACUCAUGGUGUGCCUCGCUUACCACGAUGCACGCCUGCAAAAUCUCAAGCGCGGGCAGCCUCUGCCAGAGGAGGAUGAUGCAGCCUUCGAGAACUCCACGCAGGGCAAGAGGUGGAUGGCGGCCGCGCGGGAGCUGAGGAGCUUCCUGUUGCAGGCGAUGGAAGCUGCGGGAGUCCAAGGAGCCAAAGUCGACGUUGUCGGGCGCUGGAAGCGAAGGCGUUUGGCAGUGGAGCGAGACUUUGUGCAGGAAGCAUUCAAGCUAGAGGAUGGCCGGACGCUGGUGUACAAGCAGCCAGAGGGUCAAUUUUCGAAUCCGAACUUGCCCUGCGAGGUGAACUGCCUGAACUGGCUAUGCCUGCAGGCCAAAGAAGCAAGGAAGGAUGCAUCGGCAUCCCGUGGCAGGAGAGCUGGGUCGCAGUUGCUGGAACUCCACUGUGGAGGUGGCAACAACACCGUGGCGCUGGCGCCCUACUUUGAGUCUGUCCAGGCCGUGGAGAUCAACCGCACCUUGGCACAAGCCGCCGAGGACAACCUGAAAUCCAACAGCAUUACGAACACCACAAUCAAGCGGGCCGCGAGUGACAAGAUAGAUGCAUCGAUCACGGCUGGUUGUGAUGUGAUCUUAGUUGACCCUCCACGCGCAGGCCUGGAUGCUGGUACCCGUCAGUCAGUUACGCAGUUCGACCAGAUCCUGUACAUUUCUUGCAACCCACUGGCUCUCAAGGGUGACAUCAACCACCUGGGCGAAGGCUUUGAGGUGGUUGCCCUUGCAAUCUUCGACAUGUUCCCCUACACCACCCAUGCUGAAUGCGCAGUCCGUAUUCGUCGCAGGCGGAAGGCGCAGGUGCCGCGCUCUCCGGGGCGCAGAAAGCCCUUGCUCUUCCUGCUGCUUGUCAUAGGUGCUGUCGUUAUGUUUUUGCGGCGCGGCGGCCGCCUUCGGUGCUUGGCAGCUUGA